AUGCUUCAACGUAGACAAUUCGCAGUCUUCGUCAAUUGUCUGCUAAGGAGAUUAAGCGCUCCCACAUCUGGUUCAGCGCGACGGCGAGCUCGGCAACGUCGUCGAGCAGAGCAAACGCGCGCAGAAGGUGAAAAACUCGCAAGGGAGAGACGUGAGCAACGCCUUAGAGAAAAGUUUGAACAACAGAAACAGGCUCGUAUAGAGCUGGCGUCAUAUGAGCCGUGGGGGCGCGCAGGGGGCGGCGCGCCCAACCCUCAUGGUAUACGUUUCUCCGACCUACGUGCAGUUGGAAUUUAUCCUGAAGACGAAUUGAAGGGUGUGUCUGCCCACGAAUCGCGAAUCCUGUGGUGGUCGCCACGACAACGGCGUACGGUGCGCUUGCGAGAGGACCCGCAACUCUGUUACGCAGAUCUAUUGCGGCAAACUGUCGACAACGACAUUCGAUACAAGCAAACCCCGCUGCAAAAACAAAAUUACAAGCAAAUUCUAGAUGAUAUGGUCCACAAAAGACAAAAGGCAAUAAGUGAUGAACUCAGACAUAACAUGGAAUAUGAGCGCAAAAUGCACACGAUGGAAGGGCCUUGGGGCAAGCCAGGACCGGGCGGUACUACUUGGAGGAAUCCUCGAGAUAUUGGAUUAAAUUUCUCCAAAUCUAUGGGUUGGACGGAUAAUAAAAUUUUUAAUAAAAUAAAAGGUGAACACAAGGUGUAUAAGAGAUCGUCUCUCACUUUACCUAAAGUAAAGACAGCUGACGAUGAAUCAAAAGAUGUAGUAAACAAAGAAAACGUAAACCAUUCUAAUAUUGACAAAUUACCCGAAAUUAGUAAAAAUUCUAAAGGAAAUAUUGGUGCCGAAGAAAAAAGAAAAAAUUGUGAUAACUCUACCAAAUGUAACUGUGGGAAGACAAAGAAAAGUCCUAAAAAUAGUAAAUUUAUAAAACGUUUAUCUAAUGGUGAAAGAGUGAAACGGUUCGUUAAUGAUGAAGAGGAUAAUGUAAAUGGAAUUAUAGAAAAGAAGCUGACUCCUGAAGCAACAAUACUGAGAUUAACUGGUGGCAUAGAACUCGUACCGUUGUUGGCGAGAAGGAGGCGUAUAGGAGCCCGCACUCUGCACUCUAGCGACGUCACGCGAACUCCCCAACAAUCUUGCCAGUGGCGGGAACUUCUCGAUAUGGAAUAUUUGAGAGAACUCAAACACCAAAUCCGAGUUAAAUGUGAAAAACAAGAGGAGCGUCGCCGUGAUUCAGCAGAAAGUGUACGUCUCCACCACCGUACGUGGGCAUCGCUCUGGGGGCGGCCCGGCCACGGCGCGCCGCAACAGAGCGGCCGCUAUGCGCGCAGCAACCUUGCACAGCUACUCUACGUACCACCACUCGCAGCAAACGCGAAUAACAUU